AUGUGGGUACUGAAAGCUGUGUUUUCAGAGUCGUCACAUCCCAGCUACUUCGUGAUCUUCUUCAUUGAUAGCAGCAUCUCCAGUGUCUACAAGAUAAUAGAACAUCUAAGGAUCCCAAGCGGUGUUGGAGUCUUCCAGGCAGCAAUGAACAACUCUGAUUUUAACAGGAGAGGGAAUCAUUUCUCUCGGGUGAUGGCUGAUGUUAAGCGGUUGCGGCAACUGUCAUCACACACGACAAUUGUUGUGAUAAGCGACGACCUCUCCUUCCUCGCCGCCUUCGUCAAGUGGUCCGUCAAGGGCCGCCUCCUGGUGUGGUCGACGAGGCUGCUGGUCCUAACACGUCUGCCCAUCCAGCUGCUGCAGGUCCAUUACACAGCCUUCUCGAAGAUGAAUGCCAUGUUGCUGAUUAUCAACGACAACGACGACAACACGCCCAGCAUUGGGUGCAACAUGUACGUUCACCUGCCAUUCAGUCCCAGGGAAACCCAGCCAUUGUGGGUGGCCUCCUGGACUCCGAGUCGGGGGCUGCUUCUCACUUCCCACCUCCCGCUCUUCCCUGAAAAGUUCGCCAAAUUCGAUCCUAGGCCAAGUUUGCUAGUGGCAGCAGAGGGAAACCCAGCUAAUAAAAUUAUACUGAGAGCUAAUCCUAUGGUUCCUGGGGGAAAAGAGGUUGCGUUCAGGGGCCCCAUGACGCAGUUAAUGAUGUACCUUGCCAAAGCUCUCAACUUUUCUUACAGGAGCGUGCGGCCCUCUGAUGGUGUCUUUGGAACUAAGCUCGACAACGGGUCGUGGUCCGGCUUGAUGGGAAUGGUGUUGAGGGAGGAAGUGGAUCUUGCUGUUGGCCCCUUUAUUAUAAGUGCAGACCGAGCUGAUGUGGUUGACUUCACAGAGACAGUAUUUAUCGACUACUGGUGGAUUUUGGGAGCUCGAGGUCGGCCGCAGGUGGACCCAUGGGGCUUCUUGUUCCCUCUGGAGCCACUGGUGUGGGCAGCUAUCCUGGUGGCGCUGCUUGUAUUGCCGCUGGCUGUGUUUCUUAUGUCUUUCUACCUUUCUAGCAACACGAGUGCUCAAGGGAACUGGUUGCUGGUUAACUUCGACUUUAUACGCAUGUUGUUACAACAAGCUGCUGCUACCGCUGCUGCUGCUGCUGCUGUUGCUACCGCUGGAGCUGCUGCCACUGUUGGUGCUGCUGCUGCUGCUUCUGUCGCUACCGCUGGAGCUGCUGCCGCUUCUGCUGAAUCCGGUAUAUACCGUGAGAUGGCCAUGGCUGAGAAGACUGGCCGCCUCAUAUACUCAGCACACGCUGAACAUGCCAAGUUAAUCAACACGGUGGUGAGGCGUGGGGACCAUGUCAUCAUCAUAAUCAACACCAGUCUGAAGUCACACAUUGCUCAAGACUUCACAAAAACAGGGGGAUGUUCAUUUUACUCUUCGAGGGAAGAAUUUCUGCCAACAAACUUUGGAAUGGUUGCUGCAAAGGACAAUCCAAUCAUUCCAUCUCUAAAUCGGAGAAUAACGGCGGUGAAGGAGGCUGGGUUGUACUUCCAGUGGGUAAAAGCAGAUGAACCAAACUCCACUGUUUGUUAUCACGCCCCUAACAAGAUCACUGUCAAGACUGCUCUUUCUAUCAGUAAUGUUUGGGGGAUGAUCGUCAUUCUCAUUAUGGGAAAUCUUGUCAGUUUUCUGGCGUUUUGUAUUGAGCUUAUUUUCUCCUGUCUUCACAACACGACAUGAGUCUCGACAUGUAUAUCCGUCAUGACAUUAACUGGAAAUAUGCUGAUAGUUUGACUUCCUUAAAGCCUCGUCUGUGUUCUUCUUCUGGCCACUGGAUUAUUCUCCAUCUCAAUAUGUCACACGUCAUGACCUAACCUAAAGCCAUGUUUUCUACAUUCAUUCAUGUUUAUGUAUUUAAAUUAAUAUAUAUUACUUGCGUGUUCUCCAGUGCACUCACUU